AUGCCGUCAGCUGAAAUUCCAAAGGUUAAGGUAGUACAGGCCUUUCCGGAAGCAUGCCUUUCCAGCGGAACAAUGGCAAGGAGUUCCAAACACACUGAGGAGGAAAAGGCCACACCUACAGAUACUGAAAACGUUGAAAGUGAUGCAUUAUUUGAGUGCCCUACUGGCGGGUGCACUUGCUCUUUUGAUUCUGAAACAGAGCUCCAGAGGCACCUGGAUGUCGGAAAUCACGUCCGUCGCUUACCCAGAGAGUCUCAGUUCGACUACAUAAGGUGUCGCUAUGCUGAUGUGGUAAAUGACGAACUAUCAAAGCCACCUUUCGGGGCUAAUUAUCCAAGUCAGUCUGAGCAGAGUGGAAAGAGGGUUAGCAAUAUCACCAUGGGAUGGGCAUUAACUACAGCUGUUAAAGCGUAUCUAAAUGACAAAUUCCUUAUUGGCGAGGAAACGGGAAAUAAGGCAUCGCCAACUCCAGUUGCUCGGGAAAUGCACAGAGAACGAGAUUAUAAGGGUAAUCGUCUGUUUGUUGGGGGUGAUUGUCUCAGUUCUCAACAGAUUGCAGCAUACUUUUCUCAUCUUGCAGGAACAAAAAAGAACACGGUUCUUUAA